GGCACUGCCCAGUCUGACUGUGGCACCGCCCGUCGCAGACGUUUACUUGCCGCCACUGCUGCCGCCUCUGCUCGUUCGUCGCGCCCGGGCCGCCCGCCCGCAGCCAUGAGUGCUCUCGGUCCUGGUGGAGCCCGCCGCCCUCUAGAUUAGUCUCUGUCGCCUGGGACCUGUCUGCAGCAUGGAGUCGCCUGCCUCGAGCCAGCCUGCCAGCAUGCCUCAGUCGAAAGGAAAAUCCAAGAGAAGGAAGGACUUAAGGAUAUCUUGUAUGACUAAGCCCGCUGUGCCCAACCCCACACCCCCCCGGAACCUGGACUCGCGGACCUUCAUCACCAUUGGAGACAGAAACUUUGAGGUAGAGGCUGAUGACCUAGUGACCAUCUCAGAGCUGGGCCGUGGAGCCUAUGGGGUGGUGGAGAAGGUGCGGCAUGCCCAGAGUGGCACCAUCAUGGCUGUGAAGCGGAUCCGGGCCACAGUGAACUCGCAGGAACAGAAGCGGCUGCUUAUGGACCUGGACAUCAACAUGCGCACAGUUGACUGCUUCUACACUGUCACCUUCUAUGGGGCUCUCUUCAGAGAGGGAGAUGUGUGGAUCUGCAUGGAGCUGAUGGAUACAUCCCUAGACAAGUUCUACCGGAAGGUGCUAGAUAAGAACAUGACGAUUCCAGAGGACAUUCUGGGGGAGAUUGCUGUGUCUAUCGUGCGGGCCCUGGAGCACCUGCAUAGCAAGCUGUCUGUGAUCCACAGAGAUGUGAAGCCAUCCAAUGUCCUCAUCAACAAGGAGGGUCAUGUGAAGAUGUGUGACUUUGGCAUCAGUGGCUACUUGGUGGACUCUGUUGCUAAGACAAUGGAUGCUGGCUGCAAGCCCUACAUGGCUCCUGAGAGAAUCAACCCUGAGCUGAACCAGAAGGGCUACAAUGUCAAGUCUGAUGUUUGGAGUCUUGGCAUCACCAUGAUUGAGAUGGCCAUUCUACGAUUCCCGUAUGAGUCCUGGGGGACCCCGUUCCAGCAGUUGAAGCAGGUGGUGGAGGAGCCAUCCCCCCAGCUCCCAGCUGACCGUUUCUCCCCCGAGUUUGUGGACUUCACUGCCCAGUGCCUGAGGAAGAAUCCUGCAGAGCGCAUGAGCUACUUGGAGCUGAUGGAGCACCCUUUCUUCACUUUGCACAAAACCAAGAAGACGGACAUUGCUGCCUUCGUGAAGGAGAUCCUGGGAGAAGACUCAUAGCGAGCUGGGCCUGGGACCUGACUCUGGCCCUCUAGCACCCCAAAGCCCUCUCUGCUGCGACAGUGCUUUCCCACAGCCAUAAGCUACUGCCAUCCUGGCUCUGGGAGUCCUGGGAGGAAUCAAGGGGGCUGCUUCCAACUGACUCUGCAACCAGCCAUUUGUCCCAAGUGCCAAAGAACUAGACUUGUGGGGGUUCCCAGCUGGUCCCAUGUGGACCCCUUCAGUGCCUCUGCCCCAGCUGCUGUAAGGACCCCAAGUCUCCACCCUGAGCCCCUGGACUUGAUGGGCCUGGAAAACCCUGCUGGACACUGCUGUCCCUCACAGAGAAGGCAGCCAGCCUGGCCUGUGGACAAGACUAUUGCCUCAGCCCAGCCAUGGCUGCACCCACGUUGUAUAUUUUUUUUAUCUCUCAACUGAAUGGACUUUGCACACUUUGGCCCAUAGUGGCCACUCCUCUCUCCUGGCCUUGGUGUGGAGGACACAGUAGGGGGAUGAGCCAUGUGAAUCCUCCCAAGACUCCCAUGAGGGGGGUGCCUUGAGCCACCUGAGGCUUUUACCCCAGCACUGAGACAGUCUCUGAGGAGCACAUUGGUUACUUGGCUCCAGCCUGACACCUCUAGUGUUGUGGGUCCACUUUUUUUUUUUUUUUUUUUUUUUUAAUUUAUCCUAUGUUGACUUUUUCUUUUGCUUUGUGGGUUUGGCUGUUUUGUUGUUGUUGUUGUUUUUCCUUGCAUGGUUUGGAGCUGAUCACUUCCAUAUUCUAGGUGCCAGCAGGCUGAGAACUGUGCCUUUGUUCAGGAUGGGGUCCAGGGAGUAGGGCCCAAGGUCUCUGCUCAGAGUAUGCCAGGGGAGCUCUCCCCUCCCUCUCUUGGAGAGUGACUGGCUCCACAGGAGCUAUGGAUUUGCUUUGGUGUUUUAAAAAAAAAAAAAAAAGAAAGAAUAUAUAUAUAUAUAUUUUUGAA